ACCAGUAUGGCUAGUGAGCAAAACCACCUUCAAUCUCACAAAGUAGGGAUUAUUGGGGCUGGUAUUAGUGGCAUCGCAGCUGCUAAACAGCUCUCCCAUUACAGUCCAUUGGUUUUUGAGGCUACUGGCUCAAUUGGGGGAGUCUGGAAGCAUUGUUCUUUCACUUCUACUAGGCUCCAGACCCCUCGUUGUGAUUUUGAGUUCUCGGAUUAUCCUUGGCCUGAAAGGGAUAAUUCAACUUUUCCUUCUUACCAAGAGAUAUUGGAAUACUUGCAUAACUAUGCUACACAUUUUGAUGUGUUGAAAUAUGUCAAGUUUAACUCAAAGGUGGUGGAGAUUCGGUACGUCGGUGACCGUGAAACCACCCACCUUGACGUGAAACCAGGAGAGUAUGGGACUCUCUUGAGGGGCUAUCCCAUUUGGGAGGUCGCUGUUGAGACAAACCAGUCUCCAAAUCUUCAGUGGUAUGCUUUUGAGCUUCUUGUGGUAUGCAUUGGGAAGUAUGGAGAUGUAGCAAGAAUGCCAGUGUUUCCACUUGGUAAAGGUGAAGAUGUAUUUCAUGGGAAGGUGUUGCAUACUAUGGAUUACUCUAAACUCGACAAAGAUGCUGCUCUCCAGCUACUCAAAGGAAAGAAAGUUGCCAUUGUUGGCUACAAGAAAUCAGCUAUUGAUUUAGCUGUAGAAUGCGCCAAGGCAAACCAAGGACCAGAAGGUCAACCGUGCACAAUGGUGAUACGGACUUUACAUUGGACUGUUCCAUCAUACUGGAUAUGGGGCUUGCCAUUUUUCUUGUUUUUUUCAACAAGGUCUUCUCAAUUUCUACAUGAAAGGCCAAAUCAAAGCUUCUUCAAGACCCUACUAUGCCUUCUAUCAUCACCAAUGAGAAAGGCAAUUUCCAAGUUCAUAGAGUCUUAUUUGUUGUGGAAACUUCCCCUAGUGAAGUAUGGACUGGAACCUGACCAUCCAUUCGUGGAGGACUAUGCAUCUUGCCAAAUGGCUAUCUUGCCAGAGGAUUUCUUUCCAGAGGCAGACAAAGGAAAUAUUUUGUUCAAAAGGGCUUCCAAAUGGUGGUUUUGGAGUGGGGGUAUUGAAUUUGAGGACCACACCAAAUUGGAAGCUGAUGUUGUGCUUCUUGCUACUGGUUAUGAUGGGAAAAAGAAGCUCCAAGAUUUGUUGCCUCACCCUUUUUCUAAUCUGAUAACAGACUCCUCUGGGAUCAUGCCCCUCUAUAGGGGUACAAUUCAUCCAUUGAUUCCCAACAUGGGUUUUGUGGGGUACAUAGAAAGUGUGUCCAAUCUACACACAGCAGAGUUGAGGUGCAUAUGGCUUGCUAGAUUGGCUGAUGACAGAUUCAAGCUUCCAAGUAUUGGAAAGAUGAUUGAACAAACAAGUGAAGAAAUACAAGUGAUGAAGAGAACUACUAGAUUUUACAAGAGGCAUUGCAUUUCUACCUAUAGUAUCAAUCAUAGUGAUGAGAUAUGUGAGGAGAUGGGAUGGAAUCCUUGGAGGAAGAAGAAUUGGUUCUUGGAAGCUUUCAGUCCUUACAAAAGCCAAGACUACCAAAAACAGAAUGAUGCAUAACAACGGAUAAAAACUUUGUUUUUUGGUCUAUGUGUGGAGUGGACGGCAUUUCCAUAGAUAUAUAAUAGACUUUAUUUUAUAUCACCUUAUGAAUAUUUCUGUAGCUAGAAAAUUUUAAAAAUAAAUCUUAUAUUACUAC